AUGUCUUCAUCAUCAUCAAGUGUCGUACCAACAAGAAAAAGAGGAUGGACAUAUGAUGUGUAUCUAAGUUUCAGAGGUCAAGACACUCGCUACAACUUUGUUGAUCAUCUUUAUCAUGCUCUCACUCUGAAAGGAAUACGUGUUUUCAGAGACUUGGUGCUCCUUGGACAGGAAACCAUCUCAGAGGAACUCGUGAAAGCCAUCAAAGAAUCAAGGAUUGCUGUUGUUGUUCUCUCUAAAAACUAUGCCUACUCUUCUUGGUGUUUGGAAGAGCUUUCGUCGAUCAUGGAAUGCCGUGAUCAGAUGAAGGUGGUACCUGUGUUCUACCAUGUCGAUCCAUCCGAUAUUCGUGGACAGAAAAGAGAUUUCGCAAUGGCCUUUAAGGAACACGAGGACCGGUUUAGAGGAGAGGUGGAUAAAGUACAAAAGUGGAGGGCUGCCUUAACUGCGGCUGCCAAUUUACCUGGUCAACAUAACUUGCCUGGCUAUGGGGGUAAAUCAGCAUUCAUAAACAAGAUUGUUGACGAGAUAAUAGUCAAUAUACAAGGUCUUGGGGGUAUUAGGGAGCAGGACCAUGCAUUAUAUUCAAGUGUUGUACCAACAAGGAAAGGAGGAUGGGCACAUGAUGUGUUUCUAAGUUUCUGUGCUAGGGACACUGGCAACAACUUUUCAGAUCAUCUUUAUUCUGCUCUAGUUCGGGAAAGAAUACGUGUAUUCAAACACGGCUAUGCCAGGCAAACCGUCUCUGAAGAUGUUGUGAAAGCCAUCGAAGAAUCAAGGUUCGCUGUAGUUGUUUUAUCUAAAAACUAUGCCAACUCUUCUUUGUGUUUGGAAGAGCUUUCCAGGAUCAUGGAAUGCCGUCAUCAGAUGGGUCGAAGGGUGUUGCCUGUGUUCUACCAUGUCGAUCCAUCCGUCCUCACACAGGAAGGUGAAUUUAUAACAGCCUUCGAGGAAUACAAUGACUGGUUUAGAGGAGAGGUGGAUAAAGUACGAGUAACAAAGUGGUGGCUUGCUUUAACUGCAGCUGCCACGUUAUCUGAAAUUGGCAAAGGGAGUAACGGUACAAUUGUGCUGGACGGAUUUCAUGGUACUCGACUUGCAGCUGUGAAGCGCAUUGUGAAAGCGCAUUUUGAUACUAUCGCUUCAAAAGAGAUAGACAAUUUGAUUAAAUCUGAUGGUCAUCCAAACAUUGUGCGAUAUUAUGAUGUUGAGUAUAGUGAAGACUUCGUUUACAUUGCUUUGGAGCGUUGCAUCUGUAGCUUACAUGAACUAAUUCUGUCACCAACAAAUCCAACUGUUCAGUCGUUGCAACUGACAUUAGAAGUCAAUGGUUAUCCUUCUCCUGAGUUAUUGAAAUUAUUGACGGAUACAGUAGCUGGACUUGCUCAUUUGCAUAAAAUUAAUUACAUUCACCGAGACGUAAAGCCUCAAAAUGUGCUUAUAUGCAACGAAAAUAGCUCUAUCAGCGCAAAGGUCUCAGAUAUGGGUAUUAGCAAAUACUUACCUGCCAAUAAGUCUUCUUUAACCAGUGCAACAGGAGAUGGCAGUUCGGGUUGGCUAGCACCAGAGACACUUCUCAAGGAACGUCAAACCCGUGCUGUUGAUUUAUUCAAUUUGGGCUGCCUGCUUUUCUUCUGCAUCACUGGUGGUCGACACCCAUUUGGUGAUAACAUGCCUGAGCGUGAUAUAAACAUUAAGACUGACUGCAAACCCAUACAUCUCUCAUUGCUAGAUGAUAUUCCAGAAGCUUUCGAUCUUGUCUCAAAUCUCAUACAGCGUAACCCAGAGUCGAGACCAUCCGCAGCAGAAGUAUACCAUCACCCUCUAUUUUGGGAUCCCAAGAAGCGUCUCUCAUUUCUCCGAGAUGCCAGUGAGCGUCUACCUUCAGAAGACCUUAAGACUGGUUCCGGUAAGAAAAAAAAGCAACAAAACAACAACAAUUCACCUCUCCUGAAAGCGCUAGAAAGAACUGGUGACGUUGCUUUAGGUGUUGAGCACAAGUGGAAUGACAAGUUAGAUAUCACCCUUAUCGAGUUGCUUAAAAGUCACGGACAGACGGAGUAUUAUAGCGUGCGUGGCUUGGUAGAGGCCAUAAGAAACACAUUAACUCACUAUGACGAAUACAACCAAGACAUUAAAAAUCUGUUAGGGGAUGUUCCUACAGGAUUCGAUGCGUAUUUCAGUAAGCGGUUUCCAAACCUGCUUAUAGAAGUAUACAAAGUACUAAUAGAACAUUGUGGGGAAGAAGAAAAGCUGAAGGAGUAUUAUAAAAAAAGGGUGGAUUAAAGAUAAUUAGUGCUAUUCAGAAGAUCAAAUUCUAAACCGGGUUUUGGUUUGUGAGUUUGAACCGGGUUUGAUGGUCACCUGGUCAAAAUCAACAAUAUCUGCACUUUG